GAAACGCGAGGCAAGGCGACCACCAGCACCAAUGGCGUCGCAUGUUCGUUCACACGGGCACGAGAGAGCCUCCGAGCCUAGCACACGGUGCCUGCAUCGUAGUUAGUAGCCUCGAACUCACCAGGCACAAAGCACACGCGAGCCCAUAGUCCACGAUGGAGAAACAAAUAAAGGUUUUCGACGUGGAGUCGUUCGUAGAGGAGAUCAAGGAACGUCCCGCUAUAUGGGACUAUUCUUACCCGGACUACAAUAUCGGGAAGAGGAAGAAAGCAGCUUGGACGGAGAUCUAUUUGAAAGUUCAUCCAGACUACAAUGAUAUGCCCACGAAAGAGCAAGUUGCAGUCGGUGUCGAGAUACAUAGAAGAUGGAAGAAUAUGCGACAGUGUUUCAAACGAGAAAUCGACAAGAGAAGGGCAUUAAAAUUCGGCUCUGGUCGGACUUGGACCACCUACGAGCACUUUGACGCGUUGUCGUUUCUCGUGCCGGUAUUUGCUAAAAAGAAAACUGUUUCAAAAUCACACGACGAUACGGGAAAAGAGAGGUCCGAGAACGAACGAGGAAAAGAAUCGUUGGCAGAAUCGCCGCAGCCAGGAUCUUCCGCGCGUCGAGGAGUCAAAAGAAAAUCUAUCGAACGCGAUCACGUGGAGGAACUUAGCCAAGUUUUGAUAGAAAGUCUCUCGGAAAGGCGUGUCGUCGAGACGGAGGAGCACGACGACGAUAAACAUUUUUUACUGUCCCUCUUAAACUCGACGAAAUCCGUUCCCCGUUGCUUGAAAUUAGCGAUGAGGACAGAAAUCAUGCAAGUCGUGGCGAAAUAUUGCACCUUGGGCACAGAUACCCCGGAAAAAUCCUGUCAAUCUCCAGCCUGAUCGUUCGUUCCCCUGAAAUUAACGUUUCUCCACAACUAGGCGUUACAUUGUUAAGUUA